AUGCAUACUAACGAGGAGGAUUUCUCCAGGCUCCACUGGGAAUUAUCUUGCAACACCUACAGCCAGUCAGGAGAGGUGACAGCAUUGCUCUCUCUCCCACCACCAAAGUCUGACAGCCAUGAUUCGGGGAGGCCCUCUGCUACGGCUCAGAUCAGGGAUCAACUCGCUGCUCGAUGGCUAGAUCUCACCGUACAAAAAGCUGGGGGCCUUUCUGCUGAGACAAAGACUGGGAUUUAUUUGAUGCAAGAAGGUAAUGAGGAGCCAUUUAAUAUUCGACUACACUUGGCCAAAGAUAUUCUGACCAUUCAAGAGCAAGAUGUCAUCUGUGUGUCAGGAGAGCCUUUCUAUUCAAGUGAGAGGACUGUAACGAUCAGGAGGCAGACGAUUGGAGGGUUUGGCCUGAGCAUCAAGGGUGGAGCAGAGCAUAAAAUCCCCGUAGUGAUAUCUAAAAUAUCAAAAGAACAAAAAGCUGAACUCUCUGGGCUGCUUUUCAUUGGAGACGGCAUCCUUCAGAUAAAUGGAAUAAACGUUAGAAGCUAUCGCCACGAGGAAGUGGUCCAGGUUUUGAGAAAUGCUGGUGAAGAAGUGACUCUUACCGUCUCUUUCUUAAAGAAGACUCCAGCCUUUUUGAAACUGCCCCUGUGUGAGGACUGUACAUGCAUUCCCAGCGACCAGAGUAGUGGGACAUCUUCUCCUCUGUGUGAUAGUGGCCUGCACUUGAACUAUCACCCUAAUAACACGGACACGCUGUCCUGUUCGUCCUGGCCCACGUCCCCGGGGCUUCGCUGGGAGAAGAGAUGGGUGGACCUGCGCCUUAUUCCACUGUUACACUCACGCCUGUCGCAGUACACCCCGGGCUCUGACAUCUGCAGGAAAAAUGCUUUCCAGGUUAUAGCCGUGGACGGAGUUUGCAGUGGAGUUAUUCAGUUUCCCACCGCUGAAGACUGUUUGGACUGGCUUCAGGCAAUAGCGAGCAACAUUUCCAGUCUCACCAAGCACAAUGUGAAGAAGAUUAACCGAAAUUUUCCAGUUAACCAGCAGAUUAUCUACAUGGGCUGGGUUGACGAGAAGGAGCAGGACUCCGUUCAGGACCGAAUGUAUUCACCAAAGUUCCUCGCUUUGAGGGGUUCCUCACUCUUCAAAUUUGCAGCACCUCCUGUGACAACAUGGGACUGGACCAGAGCAGAGAAAAGCUUUACAGUGUAUGAGAUAAUGUGCAAGAUUUUAAAGGAUAAUGACCUUCUGGACAAGAGGAAGCACUGCUUCAGUGUCCAGACAGAGAGCGGGGAGGACAUGUUCUUCAGCGUGGAGCUGGAGUGCGAGCUGCUGAUCUGGGAAAAGGCUUUUCAGAUGGCCACCUUCCUGGAGGUGGAGAGGAUUCAGAGUAAGACGUAUGCCUGUAUCAUGGAGAGCCACCUUAUGGGACUUACUAUUGACUUCAGCAUGGGCUUUGUGUGCUUUGAUGCAGCUUCAAAGGCAGUACUGUGGAGAUACAAGUUCUCACAACUGAAAGGAUCAUCUGAUGAUGGAAAAAGCAAGAUCAAGUUUUUAUUCCAAAAUCAAGACUCCAAAUCUAUUGAAGCAAAGGAGCUGGAGUUCUCGAACCUCUUUGCUGUGCUUCAUUGUAUUCACGCUUUUUUUGCUGCCAAAGUCGCUUGCCUGGACCCGAUGUUUGUGGAGAGCCAAGGCACCGCGACUACCACUGGGAUUCCUUCUCUUUCCAGUAUCUCAUGUAAUUCACAGACACCGAAACUCAAAUUCGCCACUUGACAGGCGGUGCUCUCUCCAGACCCCUUUUAAAAAGACACUGCACUUAGUUUGUGACCGUGGCCUAAAAUGGUGGACAGCUGUACACAGUGGUGGAACAAAUCAGCUCUUAGGGGUUGAUGCACUUGACAUCUCUGUGGAAGCAACAGAUUUCUGGGAUUUCUGGAGUCAUUGUGGACCUAAACCCCAAACCUCUACUUUGAAUAACUUCACAGAAACACUCUAUGAACACAAAACGUGUGAUUCAGAAAUGUUUUUAAGUGAAUCUGUCCUUCUCUCGAUCCUCAGACAUCCUUAUGAUCAACACAACACAAAGAAAAAUUGAGUUUUUUCCCCAAGGUAGUCUGCUUUUCUAUGUAAUUUUACUGAGGAUUUGGGGUUUUAAGCAAAACAGAUUUUAGCCUUUUUUCCACAUCAGACGACACAUCACUUAAAGUUCUGCCAGGAUAUUUCUGGACAUGGAUAUGAUGGCGUAGUAUGAUAACGCUUUUUAUAUUUCCAUUUUUGUGUUUGUUCUUGAGGUGAAAACUUUUACCUACAUUCGUAAUUAAAUUAGCCGUAAAAUUUAUUUUCCACUGAUAUAUGACAAGUCCAACUGAAAGCUAAAUGGCAACAUCAGUCUGAUCUUGCAAUACAAAAACAUUUUCAUUUUGAUUAAAUUGAAUUACAUAUUAGUUUGCUGGCAGCACUAGUGGAAGAAAUGAAUGGUUUUGGAUUGGUGUGUGUAUGAAUAUACUCAGUAACCUCAUUUCCUUUUCUCUGUAUAUGAUGUCCACCCGUGUUUGAGGUCAGAAUAUAACUAUUUCCUGGAUUACUGGAUAGGCAGAUUGUUUGAAAGUGUACUUGGAUGAGGAAUGACACUUUGCUAAUCAGGUUCAACAUCCACACAACUAUUAUCUCAAUAAAAACACUCUAAACAUGAUUAGAAAACACCUUCCACAAUAAUUUUAGCAUUUUUUUUCCCAAAACUUGAUUAUGUAAAUAAACACUGACACUCAAAUGAACUUGAAGAAUUAUGAAUUAUGGCAAGCAAUUACUUGUAGGGAUUACUGCAUUUAAUAAUUUGAUGUGCACCAGAGACGACUAGGUAGAUAGAGCAUAACCUCGUACUCUUUUCAUCAUUUACUCUAUGGACCAAUUUAGAAGAAUAAAAAUCCGCAAUGAUGUAUUUUUUAAAAUAUUUUAUCUUUUUUGACAUCAGCUUGUAAAUACAAUAAAAGAAAAUUUUUCAUUGACAAAUGAGGGAAAAAAAACUCACCGCAAGGAAAACAGAAAAAUGUAGCAUCGUGGCCGCCAAAGGUUUGAGAUGCCCCCUUUAAACAUCACUCUGUAUUAAACUGUUUAUAAAUGCAACAGAGUGACAACUAAACUAUCAUAUUCAAAAAGAGUUCAGGUCAAUUAACGCAAUUAGUCACGCUCUUACCUCCCAUUUACAAAGUAGAAUCCAAACACAAGAGGCCCAUGGGUCAGUAAACUCUAGAGGAUAGCAAAUUACAUGGGGUCAGUCAAGUGCUUCGUACUUUGCGAGGCCCGUUAAGCUGACAUGAGUGUCUGAGGGAAACUAAUGGUGGUGCAGUCUAUGCAAAGAAAGUCUGAGUGAUGCUUUUGUGCUUUAAAAUGAUCUCGGUCGCAUAUACCCUUAUAACACAGGAUCUAGAGAGUGAGGUUUAUUUUAUUUUUUGCAGAUGUUUUAUUAACAAAUAUGCUGUGUAAUAAAUUAAUAAAUGAGACCUUUUGUAACAUG